CCACAGAAGUACCAGGAAAACAUGGGUAAGCAGAAGCUAAAAGUGCGGGUGUUAAAAAAGGGGAGCUAGCGGGCCUCCCUGAAAGAGGCCGCAUCCUAAGGAGAGUCACGCUCCGGCUUCCGCCCCGAAGCUGCCCCGCGUCCCCUCGGGCACGACGACUCCCGAGUAAACGGGGCCGCAAAGGCUCCCUCCCCCCCCCGCCGCACUUGCAGGCCCCGCCACACCCGAGAAGCCAAGGAGGCCGCGAGCGCCUUCCUCCCGCCACCCCGGUACCUUGUCGUCCGCCAUCUUCCUCGCGGCUCCGCCCGCUGCAGGCGCCGCCCUUCUUUCCGGACCGGCCUUCUCCGCUUCCCCCGGCUCCUCUCUCCGAGCAGCCCCGGCGAGGGGGGCUCUGAGGGCCGCUCCCCCCGCCCCCAGGAGACAGGUAGAGGAGGAAGGGCCCGUGAGGGUCACUUAGUCCAGCCCCCUGCUAGCCAGGACUCAAGGGAAAGGAAGAGAGGCUGGGACGGGGAUUCACACGUUACACGUGUCGCCCGGCGCCUCCAUUGCCAGCCUUUAGGCGCCAGGCGGAAACGCUUCUCCUCAGCCAGGUUCACAUUCCACGGCUUUUUAUAUGUGUUUGUUUUGUUAUGAAUUUUGCGUUCUCGUUUUCCCCCUGUUGUGAACCGCCCCGGCUCUUCGGAGGCAGGGCGGUAUACAAAUUUAAGGCGUAAUAAUAGCAACCAUUUCCACAUGAAGCAACGUCUAAGUAAGAAGAAGAAGAACUGCUUCGAUUUCUGCCGCUUCCCAAGGCUGAUCCGGAAGAUCCCUAUCAAACCAGCGAGGAGGUUUACUCUACAGAUUCUUGUGUCUAUGUGUCUAUCAGUUUAGCUGCCUACCGACGGCGUUCUCCUGCCGCAGCGUCGGCACGUGCUCCUGACGUCAGUUUUGCGUCGCCCUCGCCGAGCGGGGCGCUCGUGAAGUUUUGUUUUUCGGCUCAGAAAUAGGCGCGGGACGAAGCGGCCGCGGGAGCCGCCAUCUUGGUUGUCGCGACCCCUUAAAGGUCCCAGGGUCCUGAGGGCGCCGCGCUGCCGCUGCCAGGCCCCCUUGUCCUCCUCUCACGCAGUCUGAGCUGCUGCCUCCGUGACUGAGGGGGAUGCGGGGCUUGGGGUUAAAAAAAAUUAAUAAAUCAGUAAAUAAAUAGGAAACUAAACAUCAGGUAGCAGCCUAGUGGCAGUUGCAUCGUAGCUGGAAGAGUUAUUGCUGCCACAGCAUAACACACAGACACACAAACAAACCACGAAAUGACUAGUCUUGUGGCACCACAGAGACUAAAGGAUUGACCAUGAGAUAAUUUAUUACGGUCAAAGACCAGCUCACGUAACAUAACACAAUAAAAACAGCGUUCAUAAUAUACAGUCGGAGCAGAUUGCGCCAUUAGCUCAUGAGUUAAAAUUGAGAUAUAUACAUACACCUGUACAACUGAGAUUUGGGCUACCAUAAAAAAUUGACCCUGAGGCGCCCCAAAGGGUGACUUCAGCAUUUCCCUAAUGAGCUAUUUUAUUCUAGAGGAUGAUCUGUGCCUACAAAUCUGGGCGCAGAAUCUGGCUACCAGCCAGGACCAUGACUUAAGCUAUACAAUUUCAAGCAUGUUGGCAAGGCAACUGGCAAUGGCUCGCCUCUCCAGAAGAGUGUGGGAGAAUGUGAUGCUAUUGACCGAUACCAAGAGUCUACCAGGCUUGUGUUUUUCAGGCUUGUGUUUUGUGCACGCUGCUUUAUGGAAGUGAGAUGUGGGCAACUCGCACCCACCAGGAGAGACUCCUCAAAGCCUGUGUCAGGCAGAUUUUGGGAUUCACAUGGCAGGACAGAUAAAUAUGUAUUCUCCCAAGCCUGUAUUCCCAGAAUGUUCGCACUCCUGUCUCAGUGACAUCCACACUGGCUUGGUUAUCUCCAUGGAAUGUAAAAUGGCAGGAUCCCCAAGGAUCACCACAACUAGACACCUUCAUUUGUCCCAGCUGCAACAAAACGUGUCCUGCAUUGGUCUCUACAGCCACAGCACACACAAACUUUUCGAAGGUUUGACUACACCGCAAAAGGCGCACACUUCCAUUGUCUCCCGAGACAGAUGAGUGUCAGCCAACCAGAGGGGUAGUUGGGUUAGUCUUUCAGGCAAAAAAAUAGCAACGAAGCGCUCUGUGGCACCUUAAAGUCUGGGCAAAUUUAUUAAGGUUUACACUUUGAUAGAUUACAGCCCAUUACUUUGAUUGGUUGCAUGAAAUGGAACGGACUUCCUCGGAAGGUGGUGGACUCUCCUUCCUUGGAGUUUUUAUUUUUUUUUAAAACAAUUUAUUGGAUUUUACAAUAGGAAUAAAUGUAAUAAACAAUAUAACAUUCGUCUUAACAUAAUUUCACAUUUUCUUUGGACUUCCUCGCAUCUCCCGCUCCCACCUUCAUCAUUAUAACAUUUUGUCAGCAAUUUAUCAUCUUAUUUAAGUUCUUAUAUCUCUUCGAUAUUUCAUAAUCUUAAAGUUCUCAUAAAGAGUUAAACUUUCACAGUUUUUCUUACUUUCUUAAAAACUUCUAAGUUAAGUGGUGCUCAGUUAUUUAGUCUAGCAUCUUAUUCAGCAUUCAGUCAAAUCACAAUGCUUUUGUAGAUAGUUCUUAAAUUUCUUCCAAUCCUCCUCGAUUCUCUCUUCUCCCAGGUCACGGAUUCUGCCAGUCAUUUCAGCCAGUUGCAUAUAGUCUAUCAGUUGCAUCUGCCAUUCUUCCAGUGUGGGUAGAUCUUGAGUUUUCCAAUGUUUUGCGAGUAGUAUCCUUGCUGCUGUUGUUGCAUACAUAAAAAUGUCUGGUCCUUCUUUGCCACCCCUUGGCUGACAAUACCCAAAAGGAAAGCCUCUGGUUUCUUAGUGAAAGUAUAUUUAAAUACCUUUUUCAAUUCAUUAUAAAUCAUUUCCCAGAACGCCUUCACUUUAGGGCAGGUCCACCAGAGGUGAAAGAACGUUCCUUCACACUCUUUACAUUUCCAGCACUUGUUAUCAGACAGGUGGUAAAUUUUUGCGAGUUUGACUGGGGUCAUAUACCAUCUAUAAAUCAUUUUCAUUACAUUUUCUUUCAAAGCAUUACAUGCAGUAAAUUUCAAUCCAUUACUCCACAGCCUUUCCCAGUCCUCAAACAUAAUAUUAUGCCCAAUAUCCUGUGCCCACCUUAUCAUAGCCGAUUUAACCAUUUCAUCUUGUGUAUUCCAUUCCAACAGCAAGUUAUACAUCCUUGAAAGUAUCUUAGUCUUUGGUUCUAACAAUUCUGUUUCUAAUUUCGAUUUCUCCACCUGGAACCCUAGUUUCUUAUCAUUUUUAAAAACUUCUUUAAUCUGAGCAUAAUGUAACCAAUCUCGCACUUUGUCUUUCAUUUUCUCCAAACUCUGCAAUUUCCAAUUGUCUCCAUCUUUUCCUAGUAUUUCCCAAUAUUUUGGCCAUUUGGCCUCCAUAUUGGGUCUUUUCGGGCCUUAGCUUCCAAAGGUGAAAGCCACCUUGGUGUUUUAUUUUCCAGCAAGUCUUUAUAUUUUGUCCAGACAUUAAACAGUGAUUUUCUAACAAUAUGGUUCUUAAAGGCCUUAUUUGCUUUAACUUUGUCAUACCAUAAAUAUGCAUGCCAUCCAAAAACAUUGUUAAACCCUUCCAAAUCUAACACAUCAGUGUCUUCAAGAAGUAGCCAAUCUUUUAGCCAGCAGAACGCUGCGGCUCGUAAUACAACUUUAAGUCCGGCAGGGCAAAGCCCCUCUUUGUUUUGCAUCAGUUAGUAUCUUAAACUUAAUUCUGGGCUUUUGCCCUGCCAGACAAACUCGAAAUGUCUCUCUGCCACUUCUGAAAGCACUCCAUUUUGUCCAAAACCUGAAGUGUUUGAAAUAAAAACAACAUUCUUGGCAAUACAUUCAUCUUAAUCGCAGCAAUUCGGCCUAACAAAGAAAGUUUCAAUUUUGACCAACUGUCUAAGUCUCUCUUAAUUUCUGUCCAACAUUUUUCAUAGUUAUCCUUAAAUAGACUUAGAUUUUUGCUGUUAUGUUUACCCCUAGGUAUUUUACUUUUUAACCACAUUAAGUUCCGUCUCAUUCUGAAACCGUUCUGACUCUGUCUCAGUCAAAUUUUUUCCCAAAACCUUGGUUUUCUGUUUAUUUAAUUUAAAUCCCGCCACCCGACCAAAGUCAUUAAUCAAUUGUAAUACUCUUUUCGUACUAGGCUCUGGCUUCUGCAAGGUCAAAACCAGGUCAUCUGCAAAAGCUUUUAGUUUAUAUUGUUUCUGACCAACCUGAAUUCCUUCCACCAACUGGUCCCCUCUAAUCAUGUUCAAUAGCACUUCCAGAACCGAAAUAAAUAACAAAGGGGAUAGGGCAGCCUUGUCGUGUCCCUUUUUCAAUUUUGAACUCUUCUGUAACCACAUUAUUAACUAUCAGUUUAGCUUUCUGUUCUGAAUAUAUCGCCUCAAUCCCAUUCUCAAAACCCCGUCCCACUCCCAUCUCUUUUAAGUUUCCCAUCAUAAAUUUCAAGAAAUAUUAUCAAAGGCCUUCUCCGCAUCUAUAAAAAUUAAAACUGCUUUUGUAUUUAUGUCAGUUUGGAGAAGUUCCAAGAUAUCAAUAAUGUUCCUUGUGUUAGCAAACAGAUGUCUACCUGGGAGAAAACCGGCCUGGUCCUUAUGAAUUACUUCAUUUAAAACUUUUUAAAUCUACUUGCCAAAAUAUCUGCAAAUAUUUUGUAAUCCACAUUUAAAAGGGAGAUGGGACGGUAGUUCUUCAGUUGUGUCUUUUCAGCUUCUAACUUUGGUAUCAAUGUGAUAAACGCUUCCUUCCACGAAUCCGGUGCCCUCCUCCUUCCUUGGAGUUUUUAAGGCAGGGAUUGGAUGGUCAUCUGUCAUUUAUACUUUCGAUUCAUGCAUUGCAAGGGGUUGGACUAGAAGACCAUUGGAAUCCCCUCCAUCUCUUUCAACUACUAGCACCUCCAGGCAGGACUGGAAAAGACCCAAGUCCAAAAACCCCCAGAGCCACUGCCAGUCAGUGUAGUAGACAAUGUGGAGCUGAGCUGCUAUAAGGCAGCUUCUGAUGUCCCUCCCAAGUUCUGACUUGGUUGCCCAACCCACAGAGGGUGGACGUGUUUCAAAGCACAGAAGAAGCAUCAUAGUGGAUAGCUGGAUGAAGAUGUUGAUCCAGUGUGUGACAAUUGUGAAAGGGUGAAUUCCAUGAUAGGAGUCGUUGGGAAAGGGAUUGAAAAUAAGACUACCAGUAUCAUAAUGCCGUUAUACAAAGUGUCAUUAUACAUGAUGUGAGACUACACUUGUACUGUAAUACAGUACAACUGUGCACAGUACUGGCCACCUCACUGCAAAGAGAACAUUGUGGAGCUGGAAAGGAGGCAGAAAAAGGCAAGCAAAAUGAUCAAGGGGUUAGAGCAGGUUACAGUAUUUUGGGCUGUUUCGUUUAGAAAAAUGUGUAAUAAGGGGAAUGUGUUAAGAGGUGUAUAAGAUUAUGCAAGGUGUAAAGGAAGUGGGAAAGGAGUUUUUCUCUCUCAUAAUGCUAGAACAGUGGGGUUCUCCAAUUAAACUAAAUGUUGGAACAUUCAGGGCAGGCUAAAUAAUUAGCUACCUCAAGAGGCUGUAAUGGCCACCCACUUGGAUUGCAUUAAAAGAGGGCUGGAGAAAUUUAUGGAGUGUUUGUGGCUGUGUUCUGGCUCCAAUGCUUGAGGCAGUGUGCCUCAGAAUACCAGUUGCUGGGAAUCGCAGGUGUGGAAAGCUCUGGUCCUUUUGGUGGGCUUAUCAGGGGCAUGUGGUCCACCAGUCUGAGAGCAGGAUGUUGGACAAGAUGGGUCCUUGGCCUGAUCCAGGAAGGCUCUUUUUCCCCCCAGCCUGUUUACUCGGAAGUAAGAUCAGCAGACACUUCCUCCCCCCUUGGGCUGCCAUUCUGUGCACGCUCAAUUUGGGAGGCCAAGUCCCACUGGAGCCCGUGGGCCUCGGUGUUGCACGAUGCCUCUUGCGUCACGGCUUUGGAUCGCCCUCCCUCGUCAGCAUCUCUCUCCUCCCGGAUCUGCCCAGUCCGCGCUCUUCGCUCCGCCCGCCCCGCAUUCUGGGGCCGGCCUCUGGCACAGCGCUCCUGCUGCCGCUGCCGCCGCCGUCGUCCUCCGCGCUCGGGGCUGCUCGCCGCCCGACCGAGCGAAGCCAUGCUGGGCAAGGACUAUAUGCUGGCCAUCAUCCUGGUCAACUGCGACGGUAAGAGCAAGGGGCGCCGGCUGGGGUGGGGGGAGAUGGUCGCGGCGCCCACCCGGGGGUGCUGGGGGCGCAGCCAGGCGGGCGUCUCCAGGACGGAGGCGGGCGGGAUCGCGCGAGCGCGCGCCUCUUCCCUUCGCCUGCGCGGCUGUUUUGGAAGGGGCGCCCGGACUCCCCCCAGCCCCGUGCGGGGAGCAUUUCCUCGUGUUCCCGCCCCGCUCACCGGCCCGCUUGGGACUUCGGGCUCUUCGACCAAGUUCUGCUCCGGGGGAGUUGGGUGAGGGGUUACCCAGUGGCUGGGCUGAAGCAGCGAGUGUGCGCGCCCCCUCCCCGCGUCCCCAGGUCCCCCCUAUGUACUCCAAACCACUCAGGCUGUUUGUCGCUUGGGGAGAAAAGGAGGGAGUGGGAAACUUGCUGUCGGGGAAAGGGUUAUGGCGACCCCUUGCACUUCGCCGGAGACGUCUGCAAGUGCUUUUCUCGACGCCGUGGGGCAGAGGCUAAGCGCCGCCUGUUGUCCCGCUCUCUAGCUUUGCGUUGGGGGCGGGGGCAGCAGCCUCCUGGGAGCUUUCCAUAGUGCUGAAAGGAGAAGCCCGCUGUACCCUAGGGAAAGUCGCCUCGAGUUCUGAAAUCCCCCUUGAGUCCCCCAACUUCACAGGAUUAGGAGUACAACACACACAGAGGAUAAAUUGUACCAUAUUUCAUCAGUUUCUUAUAGUGUGUAGAACAGAAAGGCAAGCCUGCGAUGACUGGCAUCGUCAGAGGGUUGUACCCAGUUUAAAUACAACUGUAUGUCCUUUCAAGUUCAGUGGAAUUCAUUCCCACGAGAUACGCUUAGGAUCUCAAUCUAAUAGUCCAGGGAUAACCACCUUCUGAAUUUCACUCCCCGUUGCUCUCAUUUUGACAGGAGAGCUCUUACUUCAGGCACUCUGAACUACAAGAAAGUCUCCAGGGAACCAUAGCAAGUUCUGCACCAUAGGCAUCCACUAGGCCACUGUGAGAACAUGAUGCCGGACUAGAUAACCCAUUGUCCUGACCUAGUAGGGCCUUCUUAUGUUCUUCCUUGUUUCACUCACCAACCCUGCCUACCCCUACACCACCCCCACCAAAUCCACUCAUCUCCCUUUACCCCUCACCAAAGCCACCAAUACUCUCCCUUUAUGCCUUGCCAAAGCCACCCCUCUCCCUCUCCUUACUCAUGAAAGCCUAUCUCAUCAUCUGCUCACCCCUUAGUACACAUCAAACACCAGCUUGCUGACCUGGGCCCUCACCAGCCUUGGCUGGCUGGCUGCCUCCCUCCCUCCCUCCCUCCCUCCUCCUUGCCUUCCAAUGCUGCUGUCAUGGACCAGCAGCUGUGGGGCCGUGAGGGAGGGUCCUUGUCAAAAAGGGGGUGGGGAGGGGAGAAAUGUAGUUAUGAUGUUGCCUGCAUGCUUCAAGGGUAGGAAGCCAUACACUUGGGUGUAUUAUCACUAACCAAACCUGUGCAGUCUAUGCUAUAGGACCUCUAGUAUAUCAACAUGGUUAUUUUGAUGUUUUAUUUGUUUCUGACAAUGAAAGUUUAAGAUAAAAUAAACAACAGAUCCUCUUCAAUUUCAAUAGUUUUACAUAGUGUCCUCUAAAAUAAACCACCAAGAUAAAGUUCAUUGUGGUAUACUACACAGUAAAAAUAACAGAUCCAGUGCUUGCCAGCAUCACAAAAAAACAUUUAUUUAGGCAUGGAUCUUCAUGAGUUUUGCAGAGGGUGACAAAUCAUGGAAAAUAUAUAUGGAUACAGGGGCAAACUAUGGUUUGAUGGUGGUUUUGAGGAGUUCCCUUUUGAAAAAGAAUGAGGACCCAUAGGGAUCUUUGCCUCAGAUCAAUGGUUCAGUCAAUAGGAAGAUGUGGUACUGCUGAUAAGCCUGUGAAAAAACCUGAAGUUUCAAGAGGAUGGGUGUUCCCUGUCUGACAUGGGUGUACAUGUUUCUCCUGUCUCUGCCACUCCAUUCUGUCUGUCUGUCUGUUGUCUGUCUGUGUCUCUUUCUCCAGGCCUUUCUUCCACCUGGAUUCAUGUGGCAUCCUACUAUCGCCUCACCUUCCCCUUCAUUUCUAUGUUUUCCUUCUCUCAGUCACCCAGAUCAUUCUCCUUCCUCUCUGAUACAUCUGAUACAAAAUGACAUCUUGGUCAUUUUGUUUGCUGUUCAGAUCUGAGCCUGAGCCUUAAAAAGCACACAGAGCUUUGCAUUUUGCUCUUCCCACCACCUCCUCCAGCUGUAUGUACUCAUAAUAAAAGGGGUAGUGAGCACAGACAUAGGUCUUACAUGUGCCAGGGGAGGUCCUCAUAACUGCCAUUGCAUCCAUAGAUGCCAUAUUGACAUUCCAAACCUAGGCAAAUACAAGCAUAUUUGCCUGGUGCUGCCAAGAUAAGAAACUUGGUGCCAGUGUACCUCUGUGUUGAGAGCAUUUAAUAGGCAUGGCACCACCCCCUCUCCUUGGUUACCACCUGCCAAUUGUCACUUAAAAUGUAUCUGGGUCUGUUUGAGAAGAGCUAUGUUAUUUGGAGAUUCUCAAGAUUCACUCUCAAAGCCAAAAUUUUGCUCUGAACCUGUAAGAUUUGCAAAGAGAGCAGGAUUUUGCUAAAGAUAAGUACGGUACUUGCUAAGAAAAUCACUCCCACACAGUUUCCCAGCUUUUUUGAGCCCAUCUGCUGCCUUGUUCCAGGAGGGGAAAUGCUUCCAUUUCUUUGCAAAUAAAAAUGAAGGAAAGUUACUACCAUCCCUCAUCCCAAAUAUUUCAUCCCCAAGGCCUGAAAAUUGGGAGGAACGGGCUGAGUUGUGGACAUCACUGUUCUAGCCAAAUCAAUCCCAUCUGUGAAAGCUGCAUUUCCUUGAUUAAAUUCUCAGAGCUUGGCACAAGCGUAACAAUUUAUUGGUUUGCCAAGGUAGGGAGGAGGAAGGUUAAGAUGUUAUUUUCCCCCCUGUGCAACCAUUUUAGUAAAGGGACAGUAGAAGAGGCAAUUCUACUGUACAAAGGGUCCUUAGCAGCACAGAUCUUAUAAGAAGCCACCAUACAAAAGCCUAUCAAACAAAAUACUAUGGUGAGAUGCACAAAUUAUCUAACUUCUUUUCUUCUUACUCUAUUGCAGUAUGAAUUUGCUCAGAGCUGUAGUGAUAGGGAGGAUAUGUUUAACCCUUUCCCCACUGACCAUUUGGCAAUUAGCGUGGCCAGAUGUAAAAGCAGACAGUGUUCUUUAAUAGCUGUGUAGAAGUGGGAGUUUUAGAAGGUGCAGCAUAUGUGACAAGCUAUGCCUGCUCCAAGUCCCAUUUCUGCAUAACUAUUCAAAGUGUAGAUGUUCUGUCCUCUUUCACGUCUCAUAACUCAGUCAACACACUUUGAUUAUGAAGGGGCCUUGAGGUGAAUGCUGUGGUUUAAUGAAAGCUGUUAUUAGAAGCUCUAAUUCUGGGUAGUGUUGAGUGUUCCUAGUUGCUGUCAUAUCCUAAUAGUUGGAGUGCACACAGAAUUAGGGACUAUUUUUUUCGUGUAAUUUUGGGCAAGUCAACACACAGCCUGGUGUGUAGGCCUAUGCACAUAGAGGGCUAUGGGAAAGAACCUGUAAAUCUCUCCCCUACCCUGCCAAUCUACAUCAUCUUUCUUAUGAACUUGCUGUUUAGUAUGAAUAGCCUCUCCAUUCCAGUUCCCAAACCCCACAACAGAGAAAAUUAAGCCUACGGCUACCUCACUGAUGUUUGUUUAUUGUUUUGCUUCUUAAAGAAUAAUGCUGCCUUGAAAAACAUGUAUUAUUCUUCAGUGAUCUCUCCUUUUUAUUCUUGCUGAUCUUCAGAUUGCACCAUUACUGACCAACUGCUUCUCUACAGAGGGCAAGUUAGUGGUGGACUUGGUUGGAUGCUAAUCCUUUGUUAUGUCCUUGCAUUUGGAAGUCAGCAGCUGACAGUUUCUUUGCCAAAUCUGAUUCACUUGUGAUGCUAGAUGAUGAAAGUGGGAAAAGGAUGGAGUGCCAUUUGUGGCAUUUGGAUACAAAUAGGCCGAGUUGGACAGUGGGGGGUUGGGGCUUCAUUCCCACCGCAUUCCUUUAUGCAGGUGGUCUUACAGCAAAAUUAGCUGUUGGUCUAACUCCCUGCCAGGCUGGUGAACAGAGAAACUUGCCUCCCACAUUCCUUGGAUUUUGAAGGAAAAGAGAGGCCAGACAAAUGGAAGACACUCCAUUUCUCUUUGCAAAAUGUGGGUAUCACCAAUUUUUCCAAAGUGGGUACUUCUGAAAACAAGAGCAGGUGGCAGAGGUAAAUGAUUAAAACUAGAACUCAGCUUUGGUUGAAUUAAGAUGCCAGCUCACUGCCUGAGCUAUGCUGAGUAUGAAUUUCAGGGCAGGGCACUAUUUGGAGGAAAUGGAAAAUUGGAGCAUUCUUUUUCAGGAAAACUUACCAGAUCCACUAUCAAUUUCCAGGAUUUUCAGAAAAACUUUUAGAGACACAGUCUGUUAUAGAAAAAAUACAAACCUGAAAGACCAACAAUUUUGCUAUGGUUUGGAUUUAAGUCUGCUUCCCCAGGCGAGAAUACACAUAAGACCUGUUUGUGUGUUCACCUGAACACUUGUAGCCUCAAAGUGGGUAUGGGCAGAGAUGAGCAUGCUUAAGCCCCAUUCUAACACCCCCUGGGCACACAGGCUUCGUUUUAGACAUCUGCAUUUCUAAGUGCAUUCAUGGGAACAUGCUUCAAAUCCUCUUUGUGAAGAAAAACCCUGAUAAGACAGGGAUCCUGACAGCGAUGAGGUCUCUAAGCAAAUUCAACCAAAUGCAAGUGGCUGGGACUUUCAUGUGCAGCCCUUCUUGUCCCCACUUUGAGCCCGCAGAAGUUUAGGAAAUUGCCUGAAUGGGGGCAUCAUUAAGGUAAAGUCAACAAGCUUUAAUUUUCAUUUUCAACUAGUUAAUUGGGAGCCAGUUUGAUGAAUCCAGUGGCAGUCAGGAGAAUUUGUCUAUUGACUCUAACAGUUAAGUUCAUGCUGUGCUUGUGCAUACUGAUUAGUCACUAGGAGUGUCUGCAUUUUGCUCUGGCUACCCUUUCUAGAAUGAUGUGAACAGUCAGCCACAUUCAGUCCAGCCAGAGGCACCCAAAUCAACUGCUACUUGGAGGCUGUUUUAUCUGAUUCCCCAUAGCAACAGCCUCAGCGUAUCAGUCUGCUCACAUCUAGCAUCUUGCCACAAAGUUUGGCACAGAAAUAGCUUUGUGUGGCAGGGAGAAAAUAGCCCAGCCUGCGAGGUGCGAUGCUGUGUGUAAACGGCUUGCUACCUGAAGAAGGCUGCUCUGGAGAAUAAUUUCAGAUGGUCUGUGCGUCAUGGCUGUCCAUCAGCACAGCCUUUGCUGAUGCAGGUCAGGCUCUUGGGUGCUGUUUCCUGGGAGACAACUGGCAGUCAGGAAAUGUGUGAAUGUCAGAAAGCAGUUUGGUUGGUGCUUCUCUGCUCUGAUCUCUGCAGGCGGGAAGUGUCAACCUCUGUGCUGCUACUUCUGGCAGCUGGUUGAGCCACUCUAAAGGAUGGAGAGACCUGAUUAAAUAGAAUGCAGCUUGGCAGGCAAGAGAGAGCAGGGCCUGCAGUAUGUAAUUGAAUGGCAAGUGAUGGAUUAUUCACCUUCUGUCCCCUCCAUACUGGGAGAAUCAACAGGAUAAUAAAGCAGAAGGGGCACACUGACCUUUGGGUAUUUUUAGCUGUGUGCGCUGGGGCAGAUACAGUUACGGUCAUAGCUCUGCUCCUGGAAGUCCUGCAGGGAAACAGCAGGUUUCACAUUCUGGUGCCUGUACAUUCAUUCUCCAGGAAAGUAGAGAGGGAGGGAAACUGGGCUCCAUCUCACUCCUCAUUAAAACCGUGCUUUUUAGGAUUUCCAGAAAUUUUGCAUACUGCUUCUGAUACUGAAGAUUGUGCAUAGCCAUCAUGGUUAGUAGCCACUGAUAGCUUUAUCCUGCAUGCAUUUGUCAGAUCCCUUUUAAAAGCGUCCAAGUUGGUGGCCAUCACCACUGUUUCUGGGAACAAAUUCCAUAGUUUUACUAUGUGCUCUGCUUCUGGUAUCUGUGUGAUGGCCGUGGGGGUUGUGGGUAUUGAUUUCACAUCUUUACAGUGUUGAGUCUUCUGUUCAAUGCUGAACACCCCACUGUGUGAUGUUACUACAUCCUUGAUCUUUGUUAACUCUUUAUUAACCAGGUAGGGAGAAGAAGGCUUUAAGUUUAACCCUUGCAAAUAUAGGAGUAAAUACUGACUGAAAUUUUCCACUGGACUGCCCAGCAAGGACUGGACAAGGGGCUCAGAAAUAUUCUGUGGUUUGUAAGAAUAGAUGGAAGCUUGUAAAUGUAUAUCCUUCAUGCACCUGUCCUCUGUUGUUAUUCCACAUUAGAUUUUUCAGCUGGAAUAUUCAGAAAUGAUGUGUCUUAAAAUAGAGAGAGUGGCAUUUUGACCAUCCUUUGAAAUGAAACUUGCCCUUUUCCUCAUCUGAAGUCUUUUCUCUCUUUAGACAACCUAUGGAACGACCAGAAUCUGGAGGCAGAUCUUGAUCUUCCCCCAGGAUGGAGGAAAAUCCACGACUCCUCUGGGACCUACUACUGGCAUGUGCCCACGGGUACCACCCAGUGGCAACACCCAUCUUGCCCCUCUGGUUUAGCACACACUGGGGAAGCUGCAUUGCCAGAAACGGUAUCAGGAUUCCAAAGCCUUUUUGUGUUUGAUUGAUGGGACCCAUGUGAAAAGUAAUGCCAGCAGCCCAACCCUUGUUCUCUCUAGGGCUGCUGUUUUUCUUUACAUAUACCCAUAAAUGCACUCGCCUGUCUGUCGUGGUGACACAUAUACAGAGCCUUGUGUGGUAAAAUUUAACAGAGUAGUAACUGGGGACUGUCAGUCCCACCUGGCACCAUUUGUAGGUUUGCAUGCUUCUGCGUGAUCUUGUUCUUACUGGGCAACAGGGACUUCUGGCUUUCAAAGCUGACUCCAAUGACUGAUAACAUCCAGAGGGCAUGAACUGGUGGGGUCAACUGAGUCACUUGACUGGGUGAACAGCUGUGGAGAGAGGGAGAUUACAGCUGCAUUUUCUGUGGCGCUUCUGUUGUAAAAUGCAAUGUCUUAAAAAGCCUAAAUUCAUUUACUUGGAUUGAUUUCAGUGGGUCUUCCAGGUAUGUUUAGGAUUGUAGCAUUAGUCGGCAGAAGCUAUCCAGUAAGGUACUGUGAAUGCCUAGGAUAAAAUAGAUGUAAUCAAUGCUAAAAUCUAUUGAUUUGCCAUAAUGAUCUUUUUUUAUUCAUGCAGUAAAGUAACAUUGUCUAUUGGGGUACCAAACUGCUUUCCAUUAGGACUUGGCUCAAUGCAUCUGUUUUGAAAAUCAUGAUGGAAUUUGCUUUUUUAGAAGAAAACAAAUGGAGAGUACAACAAAAUAUGUCCUCAGCUCCUUUCAGAAGUUCUCGUCUUCACAGCUCCAGCCAGCCCAAAACAGAAGUCCUUGUAGGUGCUGCUUGGGGCUUGCAGAUGACAUGUUUUUUUCCCUUUCCCACCUUUCUGAAAUGUUCCUGUGCUGUCUAAAUAGUGCUAAAGGACUCAGUACUUCAUUAGAAGUGUGGGGAUAAGAGCUUUUUAAUAUCAAAGUAUACAUCCCUCCAGAGUACUAUAGUGGCUUAAGCUGGCCAAUUCCCUCUCCCCCUCCUCCUGGGAUUUUCCUUUCUUUUUUAUAUAAAAAAGUCAUCACAAAUGUUUCAUGGCUCAACUGCUCACAACCAUAGACUGAAUUUCUACAUACACACUUUAGCUGCUUAGCUGAGCCUCAAUGGUAAUAAAACAACAGUGCCAGAUUCUCUUCACUUUCACAACCUUCUUUUCUGUCCUCAUUCAGGACCUUCAGGUUGCAACAGUAAGACGUCUGCCAAGGGAGAGACCUAUCCCAAGUCCAAUGGCAUCGCUGCCCAGAAGGUAGGGUUGUCUCCUGGGGGCAGGGGCACUUCAUCCAAACACAUAGGGCACAUCGAAUCUGAGUAAAAGUGAAGGAGAGCUCUAGGGCCUGUUCAUGGUCUCUUCUGGUGACCUCACAGGUAGCCCAGAUGCAGAAGCAAGCAGGUUUGUUUCCAUCCCACAAGUCUUUGGUCUAACUUUUGAGUCAUAAAGAAAUACUGAUCCUCUGCUCCAAUCUCCAUCCUACUCAGAUGGCUCCACCAAAAUGGGAAAGGACUGGGAUUGCAAAGUACAGGCUGGAGGUGCCUAGCCCCUGCAAAUUACAUCAAUAGGGUUAGAGCUGACAAGCCUUUGGUUAGGACCAAUGGAGGCUGGUACCAUUGAAUUAAACUUAAUGUAAGUGAAUUAAACUUAAUGAUGUGUUGGCGAGUUGAGAGAACGAUGAGAUCCACAGCUGCCACUCUGGGGAUGAACAGACGCUCGCUAGAGUUAUGCCACGACUGAGAACCUCCAUGUCACUGCUAUGCUUGUCUACCUGUUACAGGACAUCAGUGAGCUGGCAUGGGGAGGAGCAUCACCAGGGCAACCCAGAGCUUGGCUCCAAGGUACAGUCAGGUGAGGUGGGGGACACAGGGGGUACGUAGCUCAGAAACCUGGCUGAUUGAGGAAGCCCCUUUCUUUGAGGCAAGGGGUCCAGAUUCAGCAUAGGUAAGGCCCUUCCUUGGAGGCUGCUGCAGAAAAUUUACCCCUCUGUGAGCUUUGUUUGUUUGUUUAUUAAAUUUGUAUACUGCCCUAUACCCAUAUAUCUUAGGGCAGUUCACAACACAAUAUAUCAGGCUCUUCAUUGGAACCUGAGAGUCUCUCUCUUAUUUUGGAGAAGCUGGCAUGUGUCACCUUCCGGUACUGCUCUGAAAAUCAUAGCAACUGCUUUGAAUAUUCCCUUGGCAUUUUACAGUGCAUUCCCAGUAUCACUCAAUAUGUUUUAACUACCCUUUCAUUCAUGUGAAGGAUUGGCUAGAUGGUAUAAAUGAGUAAUCUAUGCAUGUUGAGUGAUCUUAUCCAUGUCCUUUGUGAUGUUCCCUCAACUAUCCUUGAACCCUGUGGCCCCUUUCCUUGAUAAAAUAGUUUAUCAAGUAACUGAACUAUUUUUAACUGGUUAAUCUAUGUGUUUUUUUAAAACUGAAUGAUACCUCUCUUAAAAUUAUUUUUAAAAAUUACAAGCUCCUUCCCCAGAACUUAAACACAGCCCAAGUAUUUUGGAAUUUAUUGUUUUAGUUGGAUAAGUUGUAAUUUUAAUUGUGAACUGCUGGGUGAAGACAGAGAUGACUAACUGUGCUCCCCAUCCCUCUUGUCAGAUCACUAUAAACAUGUAUGAAGUACCCUGCCUCAGAAGAAUAAGUUAUUCAGUCCAGAGUUACCUAAUACCUAAUCAGAAUUCAACAACUCUUAAAUCACACGGCACUGCAAGUCCAAUUUAUAGCAAAAUAGUAAUUAAAGAAUGCUUUAGGAAGCGGGAGAGGGAAGGACUUUCUAAAAGCAAAUUUUCAGGAUUCGGAACUUCUACCACUUCCAGUCAGAUAUUAUCUGCAGAAGAACUUGUCUCUGAUGUGGGCAGGAGAUAAUGGCCUUUCCCAUCCAUACCCUUUUAGGUAGGUUUAUCCUUGACAACAUCUCCCUGCGGUAUCACCUGUGAUUUCUUUCAUUUUGAGAGUUCACAUACAAUUACACAGAGCUGGUUUGCUGUUUCCUUCUCUCACCUGAAGGCGUGCCAUCCAACCUUUUUUGGAGCCAAAACCAGGAUGCGUGUCUUCUGGGAUGCGUUCCUGGGUGCUGCAGGGCCCUAAGAAAGUGAUUUUUGUUCAGGGCAAGAGCACAGCGCAAGAGUGCAGCACCCAAAAUGGCCACCAUGAUCUCCCGUGAAAAAACAGGAUGUCCUGGGGCAUUUGGGAAGUAUGGAAAUGAGGGGAAGUGUUUUUUUCUACAUGGGUAAAUAAUUAGAGAUUUGGAAUAAGGCAAUUAAAGACUAGUUCACUGACACACCAAUCUGAGCUAUGAAUCCUUAACAAGCUACAAUUUGAUGAGGGAAAAGAAGCUAGGAAAGCCUCGCUUUCUAUACCUCUAGUCUUUCUCCAUGCAGCACAAGGAGUGGGGGACGGACCUCAGAGGCCCAGGGGCUGAGUGUGACCCUCCAGGCCUCUUUCCCCAGACCACACCCCUCACUGGCCCUGCACCCUCCUUGAAUGUUUCUGCCUGCCUGGGAUGUGUCACUGAACACUGAUAAUGCCUACUGACUGUCUAGGUGGAGGACAGAGAGGAGCGUGAGUAGGAACUCAUCUAUUGUGCAAAGGUGAAAACCACAUUUCUUAGAAUAAUAGAACUGUAGAGUUGGAAGGGACCCCAAAGGUCAUCUAAUCCAGUCCCUCUUGCUCCACCCACUUUUGCCUCUGGCAUGUGAGCCAUGCCCCCCUCCAAAAGAUUGCAGCCCUCAGGCCUAAUCUGGUGGGACAUCCUACGAAUAAGGACAGGCACGAGGACUCCUUUGUGACAUACAAUGUGGUAAAGAAGAGCACAAUGAAUUUGGCGGUGAUGGUAUCAGUUGAUGCUCUCCAGAAGUGUUCAUGAUGGCUAGAUUUGAGGUACAGUCAGGGAGGGAGGGGCUGCUCCAGUUCACAUGAGCUGAAAAGUUCACAAAAAGCUGCCAAUGGCCUGGGCUGCAUAGCCAAUGGUGAGCUAGGAAGGCUGGCGACACGCCUUAUGGUGACCCCUCCGCCCCUCUCUUGCCAGUGCUUCGUUGUGCGCUCGUUGGGCUGGGUAGAAAUCCCUGAGGAGGACUUGGCUCCUGGCAAAAGCAGCAUUGCCGUGAAUAACUGCAUCCAGCAGCUCUCCCAGAACAAGUGUGACGACUGGGACCCUGCAGACAGGUGGGGCGAGGUGAGUGCGGGAGGCCCAGGGAAAGAUCUACUCAAAUGUGUUCUCCCAUGUAGACUUCCAGCAGCCCUUGUGCUGUAUGCAGCCAUAGGGGCCAACUCCUAUGUGGAUGGGCAUUGUCAUUCCAAUGGUGUGCUGGUACCACAUCUUGUGAUCAAUUAUGUGAGACGGGGUUCACCUGCCCCCACUGGCGGAGGAAGGGGGUGUGGUAGGUGCGGUCCGCCCCGGGUGUCAUCCAUGGGGGGGGGUUUGACAUCACUGCCCCGCCCCCCGGGAUGCCUGCCCCGCUCCUGCAUGUGUGCCACUCUGGGCACUGAAGCAACUAGCUCCACCUCUGUCUGCCCCCUCCAUAUUUUAUUCCUGGGUCUAGGCACUGCUUUGCAUCCUUUCCACCUUUGGCAGGAACACAGGCAUGAGCUGCUGGGUGUCCCCAUUCCUCUUUCUUGUACAUAUUUGCCAAACGUGCACCUAUUCAGUCCAUGGCAUUACAUACAGGUGUUCUUAUGCACUGCUGGGUGGAUAAACAUGCCAGUCCCUGUUUUCCCUAGGAAAGGGACAUCAUUGUCGCUCUUGUUGCAAGAGGCAAGUGGAAGUUUUUUCCUACCCCUGCACUGUAUCUCAGUCACAGUCCUCUAGUCUUCCCUUUACAGGGCCAAAACAUGGUGAUGAUCCUGAAGAAGGACACAAUGAGUUUAGUGGAUCCUUUGGACCAGAGCCUCAUCCACUCCCAACCCAUCAUCAACAUCCGUGUCUGGGGUGUGGGAUGCAACCAUGGCAGGUGAGGGAACCUUUGCUCUGGAAGUGGAGAGGAGAGGGCAUUUUCUGCUGCUGGAAAUUAAUAUGAAGGACGACUCCUCAGUCUUUUAGCAUUGCACCAAACUGAGCCACAGGCCCCGUAGGAGGGAGAAUCUUGAAAUGGUGGUCUCUCUCUCUCUUUCUCUCUCUGUGUCCAUCUUGCUGUCCUCACCUUGCCAUGAGGUCCUUCUGCUCACUACAAAGAAACCUUUGCUCUUCUUGCCAGAAACUAUUACAGCUGAUAGCACACAGACCAUUAAGAGGGUUGCUUCUUGAGGGAUUCUGAAUUAACCAGAUUUUUCUUUCUUUCCCUACAUGCUGUGCUUGACCCAAGGGACAGGUAAGGCCCCUUCUUCCUUCUGCAGCAAGGACCAGUGCCUGGAGCCCUGCCCUUGCUUACUGGGCUCUCCUCUCCUUGCAGGGAUUUUGCUUUCGUGGCCAGUGACAAGGACACGUGUAUGCUGAAGUGCCACGUCUUCCACUGCAAUGUGCCUGCCAAGGCCAUUGCCAAGGCCCUGCAUGAAAUGUGCUCCAAGGUAUCCCUGCUGAUUCUGGCAUGGUUCUUUCCCUACAUACACACAUGCAGACACGAGGAAGGAAGAGUGUCCCAGCCCUGCACCAGGCUGCUCUCAUUCUGCAAGGAGGUGGCAGGUGGAAUUUCAUCCUGGUUGGCUGGGGGCUGGAAGAAAUUCCUCUGAACCAUGCAUUCAUCGGACCUCUGUAUUAAAUGAAUCUUGUCAGAUUUCUAGAAGUCUAGCAGUCCUUGUUGGUGGAGGGGCACAGCUAUAAGGAGAGUGGCUAUUCUGUGCAUGCUUACUUGGCAGUAAGUCCUACUGAAAGAAGGGGAACCUACUUCUGAGUAAACAUUCAUAAAGCUAAUGGGAUUCCCACUUGAAUUGCAACUUCUAGCCAUGUCAUUGAAGACUGGGAAUGUUCUUUCGAUACUUUCUCCUGGGUUACCAUCUAGGAGGGUCUUCUCCCUGAGCUUUGCCACUACCACUACCCAAGUUUAGGUGGGAAGUUCCAGCAGGUGGUCCCAACUUUUCAUGACCUUUCUCUGUAUUACAGAUCAUGGCUGAGCGAGCCGUGGCAAGUAGCAGCCUCAGCCGAUCUGUUACCUUUGAACCUGUCACUCCAGAUGACGUUUCUCUACAAGGUAACAAACGUUACAAAUCCCAUGAGUCCCUUUCUGGGGCACCUGUCAGCACUUUAUCAGUUCUGUGCUCUGACAGAAUUGAAGUAAUUACGGUAUUCCCAUCCUUGGUCUAAAGAAGCACCCCUGCUUCUUCCAUAAAGUGCUGGGUUUGGCUAAUAGGACUCCCCACCCACCCUGCCACCCUGCCAGUUGGCUGGGAGAAGGUUGAGAGAACCCUCAGAACUGUGUCUGGGAAGCGGAGAGAUUGUCCCAUCAGGCAAACAGAAAUGUUUGUGCUGAUGAAGCAUUUGUUCCAGUGUGACACUGAAUUCCUCCUUUUGCUUCGGGCAGUUGACAUUCUGGAUGCCGUGGGAGAGUCUGUCCGGAAAUAUGAAGCUUUGUAUAUUGGCACCUCACCAGUGUCCAAGGCCAUGGGUAAGUAGCUGUGCUCUUUGAAUUCUGCUACCUAUCUCUGGUGUGUUCAAUGGGAGAAGUUAUUGCUUAUGGGGCACCUCCUCCUUUACCAAGUCUGUCAACCCCCAAAAUCUGAAGCAGGGGCCCUUCUCUGUGCCCCAGUUAUGGUGGAAGUCUUGAGAGAACCCUGUUCUCUGGCUGAUGAGCAUUCUCACUUUCCCUUGGAUCACCCAUUUAUUUCUUGCCUCACCACUUCAGGGAUGGAUGUGCUAAAUACUGCCAUCGAAGACCUGGUGGGCAGCCGUGGCCGUGACCAGUGGACUCCAUCUGUUGUCAGUGUUUCAGACUCAGUGAUGCAAGCAGAGCAAGCUGAGGUAAGGCUCCUUGUGAUACUGGCCACCCUGGCAGCUUUCUCCUCUUACCAAGUGACUGACAGUAGCCCUCUUAUCUGGCAUCCUGCCUGCCCCAGAGGCUGAGAGACUGGAAAAGGAGCUAGACCAGAAUGACAAGAGGACCGUUGGACUUUAGUGUAAAGCCAGUCGCUGAAUGCCAUAAUCAGGGGUUUGCCAAAUGUAGUCAGGACAUCUUAGCUCUACAUAUGCCAAGUAGAAAUCCAGUGAUUUUAUACCUAAUUUCCCAUGCCCUAGUUCAUCUAUGAGCUCUCUCCAGAUGUUCAAGGCUACACAAUCUGUGUUAUGUGUGUGACCCCAAACUCUGUCCUGCUCUGUCCUGGAAGCAUUUGAUCAUCAUCAGCUUGAUAGUGUAGGGAUCCUCCAUGAGCAGCGCAGGCUUCCUCCUGCAGAUCUUUCUCCUCCAAUGCAGGGAGGGCAGCAGAGCAGACAUUGUGUUUAUGAGUGCAGCCUCAGUAUUUUACUGUACGCUAGCCAUUUUCAAUGGCAAUCGUGUGAUCUAGACAAAGCUAAGCACUUUCAGAUCCCAUUUAUUUCAGUGAAAGAGAUUGAUGCAACUGCUUAAUUCUCCCACCAAAAUCAAUGGAACUUUAAAGUGCUUAGUUUUGGCUGGAUCAUACAAGUCCAAUUGAUUUCAAUCAAAGAGUUGAACAGUUUCAUCGAUCUUUUCCACUGAAAUCAAUGGGACUGGAUUAUGUGCAUAGUUUGAUUUAAUUUAUUAAAUACAAAUUUGGAAAAUAGUUCACUAGUGGGCAUGCAAACCCCUCAUUAGCCUUUUUUGUUCCCAGUGAUUUCAGUUUUCAGAGAACAGAUGGCAAACACAAUAACACUCUGAAUCAAGUCCAGAGAAAGUGACUUGUAGCUGGUUUGUUCUAUUGAUUUCAAUGAGAACUAAUCACAAGUUUCUGUGGAAUAAGGCUGAGACAGUUACAAAACAUCUUUCCUUUUAUUUAUCUUUUUUUAAAAAAAAUUCUGCCUGCACAAACCCUUUUUAGUCAUAAAUGCAUAUUUCUGAAACUGAAGGCAGAACUAAAAGAAAUUUGUUUGAAUAAACAUUGGUGCAGUCAGAGAAAAUACCGAUACAUUCUGUUCAUAGGCUCUCACAAAAUAAAACAAACUGUCUAUAAGAAUUAUGUGCUGGUGGCAGUUCUAAUUGUUAGGCACAGUCUCAAAGCAGAAUACCAGAAUAAUGCUGCCGCUUAAGGUAUACAUUUUAGCAGUAGUCACAAAUCAUUAGGAGGCAUUGCUGGGGUCUCCAUUGAGAUCCUGCAUGUGCACUGACUGACAGCUUCCUUGGUUCACUUGAGUAUUCUUCACUCUGCACACUCCUCCACGUCUUUAAAAAAAAUCAGCCUUCUACUGCCCACCACCAAGAGUGCCAAAGGGUGAAGAAGGAAUUAAGAAAGGAAGCAGUGGAGGGUAACAUCAGGGGGACAGAAAAGUCUAUUGUAGAAAACUGCUGCAGCCCAUAUCCUUUUUUUUAAUAUAUAUAGUUAAGACCUUUCUUUGGAUGGACUGAAUUGGUACAGAAGACAGCAAAAAUGAUAUUACCGUAUUUUUUGCCCUGUAGGACGCACUUUUUCCCCUCCAAAAAUGAAGGGGAAAUGUGUGUGCGUCCUAUGGGGCGAAUGCAAGCUUUCGCUGAAGCCUGGAGAGCGAGAGGGGUCGGUACGUACCGACCCCUCUCGCUCUCCAGGCUUCAGGAAGCUAUCCCCACAGCCUGGCAAGCUCCCGGAGUGAUGGCAAAGCUGCGCGCAACUUCGCCAUCGCUCUCGGACUCUCCAGGCUUCGCGCAGCUCUCCGCAAGCGGCGGGAGCCCGCGCUGGGCUCCCACGGCUUGCGGAGAGCUGCCUGUUCUGGGGGUUGGGGUCCGGGGAAGCUCGGGCUUCCCCAGCCCCGUGCCUGGAGGGGAAAUAAUUCCCUCCCUUUAUUUCCCCCCAAAAAAACUAGGUGCGCCUUAUGGUCCGGUGCGUCCUAUGGGGCGAAAAAUACGGUAUCUGGUGAAAGAAAUUACUAGAGAGUUGCCCGUGAUACACGCUGGGCAGCAGCAUUUCCCCACUGUUUCCUAAUGCCUUACGAGAUCCCCCCUUCUUUUGCUAAUUUCUGCCAAAUGGUUGAGCACCUGGCACGUACCAUUUUGUUUUAUUAAAAUUGUGAAAGUGGUUGGGAUUUCCCCCUGGAGCUGCACUGAGCCUCUGGGGGUGCUGCACAACUAUGGGGAAGACCCCCCUCCCUUCUUUCCAGUUCCAAAGGAAGGCUAGAGAUGGUGCUCAAAAUUCCUCUGCAACACACUGCCUGGCUUUACUUUCCCUCUGGCUUAACGCUGCAAUCCUAUGUACAUUUAUGGAGGAGGAGGCCCCAAUGAAUACAAGGUAAGGGCUGGGCUGAAGGAGAGGGACAGAAUCUUAGUGACCACAUAUUUUGGGCUGGUUACUAAAGCCAACCACAGUUUGUGGUUCCCUCUGGAUCUCAUUGCUGUAAGGAUUACAGAAAGAUAAUCAAGAGCCCUGCUCAAGGACCUCCACUUGUGUAACAGGGAUUUCCUCUCCCCACCCCCACCCCACAACUGUCUCUGAGGGGUCAGAAGAACAGUGCAUGGGUGGGGGGAGGAGAGGGGAGAUAAUUUCAUCAGGCAAGCUGCAGUAGAACAAUGAAAUCUACCUUUUUUCUUAUUGUUUUCAUUUAGCAUGCUUUACAAUGUUGGAAGCCUAUGCUAUGAUUAUGUAUUAAAUUUGUAUAUCAAGGCCACUGCAUCAGGUUUAUUAGAAUGUGCACACAGGUUCAAUAUUUGGCCUAGGACAUGUAAAUAUUAGUACCUAGGAUAAAACUGAAGUGCAGGAAGAAUGCUGGCCUGGAUGCAUCCUUAAGUCUAAUCUCUUUUGUGUUCUUUCUUGAGGCUGAGGAUGAGGACGGCUCUUGCCUGUGGGAAUGUCAGGUCCGCUAUGUGACUUUUAUUGGGAUUGGGAAAGACGCCCACACCUUCGCACUCAUUACUGACAUGGGCCAACAACGUUUCCAGUGCACAGCUUUUUGGUGUGAGCCAGAUGCCGGCACCAUCUCAGAAGCGGUGCAAGCCGCAUGCAUGGUAAAUGCCAAGACAUUUAAGCAGGGCUUGCUCAGUAGUUCAUGCCCAUUUAUUUAUUGACUACAUUUACAUCCCACCUUUUUUCCACCAAAGGAUCCCAGGCGCCAUACGUAAGGUUCCCUUCCAAACACUGGCCACGCACUGUUCAGCUUCUGCAAGGGGGCUGCACCCUUUGCAAGGCCUCUUAACCAACACUGCCCACUUUGAGCUUCAGAGUGGACCAAUCUCACCCCACUUCCACCCCAUCAGUUAGAAACCCUAGUUUUUGAUCUCUGCCCUCAGCAGUUUCAAAGCAUCUGAAGCUGGGAUCCUGCAUCAAAGGUUCUCAUAUGUUCAUUGUAAGCACUGAUGAUGCUGUUGGAGCUCUCUCUCUCCCCCCUCCCCCACUUAUAAAUGUGGUGCUCUGAGCUUUAUAAGCCUAUAACAUAGACUGAAAGAAUUUAUGUCAGGAAAUAACUAGAUUCAGCAACCACCAGGUUUUGGUAAGCUCUGCCCUUUGUAAAUCCACAAUGAUUUGCUUAUUUUUCUUUGGUAGGUCCAGUAUCAAAAGUGCUUAGUGGCUUCUACAUCGCGAAUGAGACCAAAGAGUGGCUCACGCUCCAUCCUGAAGAUGAAAAGGACAGUGUCAGUGGACUCGCCAGUCUGUUCCUUUCCUGUCACAGGGCACUCCCUGCAGAAAAAUGGCAGCGCGGCCACUACACGCAAGAGGGGUUUAUUCUCAUUCUUCGAAGCAUUUCGCCAAAAACAUUCCAUACUACACACCCCUUAGCCCAAAAUAUAUGGUGUGAGACAGGGAUGGUGGGCCCCUCGUGAUACUUAACAGUGGCCUUCCUUUGAUAUCCAGGUUCAGAAUGUAAAUAGCGUACUUUUGUCUGUUGACUCUUUCAUUGAAUCUAAGAGCCAACAGAUCCAAGCAAAUCUGGCCCCUGAGAGAGGUCUGUGGCUGAUUCUAGACAUGUUAUGCAUAGUUUUGCUAGUCCUUUGCCAUGUAGAUGCUAUGAGAAGGAGGCAAUGUUGUUUUCAGGGGGAAGAAUAAACAAGGCUGCACCUGAAUGUUCUGAUAAUGUUCCCUGGCAUGUGAUCCAAUGCAUCACACAGGCUUAAAACGCUGCUCCGGCUUGCCCAGGUGGGUUAUGGAACAGGGCAGAGCAGGCAUGCCAGCUUGAAGCAGUAGCUCCACUUGGUUUUUGCAGUAAAAGCUGUGAGUAUCGCUACUCUUCCUUCCCCAGCUUGUAGCAUGAAUGCUUGGCAUACGAAACCUGACUGCAACCCUAGGCAGGCCAUGGAACAGCCACUCGUGUUAAUUUGCGGCAGCAAAUAGAUGCUUGUGAGCCUCUGGAUUGAUCAGAUGCCAGUACAGAUACACAUUUCCCUUGAAAAGUGACAAAUAGUCUCUUCUUUUUGAAUCGGCAUACUGAGACAUAAGGACUCUCUCAACCCCCCUCCCUCCCUCCCUAAAUCUGCUCCAUAACAGUUUAGGGGGCACACAGGGGGAGGAGGGGGGGUUCCACGUUUUAUUGUGCAAUUGGAUGUUCUUCACACAGUGCUAUGUUGGCUACAUCCCAUACACUGUUCCAUCAAUGCCUAUAAACACUAUUAUCUCUUCACAGUAUAGCCUGCAACAGGUCUGUGUUUCUUUGGCAACGUCUGGGCUAAUCCUUUAACUUCUGUACGUGCUGUAGCAACUAUUCUUUUGAAACAAGCCAGUGACCAUAAUGAAGCCUAGAAUAAUCAAAGGGUGCACUUAGCUCCAGUGCUCACUAGCAAAAUGUCCGGCAUGUGAGUGAGAGAGUCAUCAGCACUCAUUACUGUCCUAAUAACACCAGCAUGCCUAGUCAGGCACUUGGAUUGGGAACAAUGAAUUGACCAGGCCAUCACUGUAGGACCCAAUGCUGGCUAGCAACUCUGACAGACACAAGCGAUUCACACUUGUAAGAUGCAGGUAAGGAGAAUAUAAAGCUGCCUGUGGAUUCUCUCCCCACCCCCCACCCCCAUUUUUUUUUUAAAAAGAAAAAGCCUAUAAAUAUUGAGAGCUUAUUGCACCAACAUUGGCAAAAGUGACUGCUGAGUCUCAUUUGAUCUGUGUCCGGAAAUGGGGAGUGAGGCUGGUGCGAUGAAAGGGUAAAUCUCCAAACACGUUCCUUUCUUUUCUGUUUGGGAGAUAAGGUAACCCAUCAACUUUAUCUUAUUUAUAACUAGCCCCAGAUUAAGAUAGACUCAAGUCUACCUCAGUGAUACUUUAUAUCUGAUCAUUUGUGCAAAUAAACUACUAAUAUGG